AUGAACCGCAGCGCGCCCAUCGCAGCGCUGCUCGGCCGCGGCGUGGACGGGCAGCACCACGGCUUGUGCCUUCAGGUCCUCUGGGACUUCGUCACAGCAAAGGAGCUGCUGAUCAAGUCACCGUACUUUCCAGUGCUGUUUUCUUUUACAGCAUACAUGGCUUUCUGUCUUCCUUAUAUUACACUGGACUUUUUAAGCACUAGGCUACCGUGCUUAAGAAAAUACAAAAUCCAGCCACAGAGCUAUCCAACUCUGGGAAUGAUGGUGCCUUGCAUUAUUCAAAGUGCCUAUCAUCACGCUGUUUUGAUUUUCCCAGUGACAUUUUUCCACUGGUACUGGAGACCAGUGAAGCUACCUGUGAUGGCUCCAGAGCUGCCCGAGGUCUUGCUGGAAGUCACAGUCUGCCUGCUUCUGUUUGAUUUUGAAUACUUCCUUUGGCAUUUGCUUCAUCACAGGGUGCCUUGGCUCUACAAGACCUUUCAUAAGGUGCAUCACAAGCAUGUAUCAACAUUUGCUCUUACUACGCAGUACUCCAGUGUAUGGGAAUUGCUUUCUCUGGGAUUUUUUGCUGCCAUCAAUCCAGUGCUCCUCAGAUGCCAUCCUUUGACAGAAAUGAUUUUCUUCCUUGUAAACAUUUGGUUGUCAGUGGAAGACCAUUCAGGAUAUGACCUCCCUUGGUCCACGCACCGGCUUGUGCCUUUUGGUUUGUAUGGAGGAGCUCCACAUCAUGAUCUCCAUCAUCUGAAAUUCAAAUCAAACUAUGCUCCAUACUUCACCCAUUGGGACAGACUCUUUGGGACUUUCACAGAGUCACAUUCUCAUUGAGGAUAUUUGCCUGUGGAUGAACUCUUCUUUUUGAUAAACUAAACUAGAACUGUCUUUUUUUUUCAAAGACAUACAGAAGAUUGUGUAUAUGAAGCUACCUAUAAAAGCUAUAGCUAUUUAUAACAAAGCCUGUUAAUAUAUGUGUGUCUGUAUGUGUACUUGGAACUGUCUAUGUUGAAUGACUGCA